AGAGAGAGAGAGAGAGAGGGACAGAUGGACGACUCAAUUGGGAAAUUCUGCAAAACCCUAGCGAGUUUCUGCAAUCACCUACAAAGCAGCUGUGACGCCCUCAAACAGUCCGUUGAACGCCGUCCUAUCCCUCUUGACUCUGCUUCGUCGACGUUCGUUCAAUGCCUGAACCGUAAAGUCUCAUCAACCAACAGUGACCUAAACUUGCUGGAAUCGAUGUCGUUCGGAACGGUGUCGUUCGAGGAGUUAUUGGGUCACUGCAAUGAGGUUUACAAGAAGAACCAGAGUGAUAUUGUGGAAUUGGGGGACCGUCUCAAGGGCUUCGGAUACAAUCCCGAAGGAUUUGAGAUUGAUGAAGAAGAAGAGUUUAAUGAUAAUUCAUCUCCUCCUCGUGGGAUGGACUUGAAGAAAACAGAAGAGGACCCUUUGUAUCCUUUUUCUCGGUAUGUAGUUUUGAUUUGCGUGCUUGGUAGCUGAGAAAACUGAAUGCAGUUGCCACAACUAUUCUGCUAAGUUGGG